UUGAAGAACGUUCUAGUAGCUUGAGGUACCGGCGGGAGCGGCCGAGUGGCGCGAGGAGCCGUUACCAGGGCCGGAGCAGCUGGUUAAACCUGAUCAAGAUGACAACCUCCCAAAAGCACCGUGACUUCGUGGCAGAGCCCAUGGGGGAAAAGCCAGUGGGGAGCCUGGCCGGGAUUGGUGAAGUCCUGGGCAAGAAGCUGGAGGAAAGGGGCUUUGACAAGGCUUAUGUGGUCCUUGGCCAGUUUCUGGUGCUAAAGAAAGAUGAAGACCUCUUCCGAGAAUGGCUGAAAGACACGUGUGGUGCCAAUGCCAAGCAGUCCCGGGACUGCUUUGGGUGCCUUCGAGAAUGGUGUGAUGCCUUCUUGUAGUGUACUCUGGGACUCCUCAGCCCCCAGCCACAGAAUUGAGUCUCCAGAGUCUGAAGCCUGGCGGGGCUCCUCCCUGCCCUCCAUGAAGGAAAAGAUUACUGUUGUCACGCUCACUUCCUGCGUCCUCCAGGGUCUCUUGGGAGUUCUCCCCUCAGCAUGCAGCCUUUUUAGAAUCCUCGCCCUUGCAUGCCUCGCCCCUCCUCCCCCUGCAGCUCCAUGGCAACAGUUAACUUUCCCGAAUGGGUUCCUGGCCCCUUUCUCCCUCCAUUCACAAUCUGUUGGAUGUCCUUUGGCUCUUUUUUUUUCUUUUUUGACAAAAACAGUCACAUCCUUAUAAAGAUUUUUAGAAUAAUAAAGUCAGUGGCCUUCA